UAUUUAACUUGACAAAUGGCGAUGCCCAAAACACUGCAAAUCACAUCUAAAAUUUGUCCAGAAUAAAUAAAUCAUUAAUUGAGUAAAUAAUAACAUCAUUUUUCUCUCAUCUCAGAAGAAAAAAUAAAAAAAAAUUUGAUUCAAAAGGCAUGAGUAAAGCACACACGUAAUCAAUUUAAACUUUUCAGUCAAUCUAGAGAAAAUUUUUUAUUGAGUUCUAACUUUAAAAACAGCUAUUAGUUGAUUAAUAAACAUCAGUGCCUUUGACAAGUAAGAAACGUCAUCUCGUAAUUCAUAAAACUAUUUGCGUGGAUCGUCCAAUUUUGAGGAAUAAAUAAAACCAAAUUAAAUAAAAAAUUGCAAAACAAUUAUCCAGUUUAAAUAUUUUGACAUUAUGGGUGGAAAAACUAAACAAGCUCCGAGAACCAAAAAUAAUGCCCGACCAUCUAACAGUGGAAGAAGUGCGGAACUUCUAGGAAGCACCGUUCCAACUUUUGUUGGAUUUACAGCUCAUUCUGAUCUUGGAAUGAUUCCUCUUGCACCUGGUUUCUCAACUGUAGAUUCCUUGCCGGAGACAUUUGAUUCUAAUAUAUCACCGGAGAUUCAAGUUACAUUACGCAAACUUUCCAAAAAAGAUCCUGUAACUAAAGCAAAAGCUCUUCAAGAAUUAAAUAUUCAAAUAAUGGAAUCAGAUAUAGAAAUGACAAAAAGCAUUUUACCACUAUGGCCAAAAUUCUAUCAUAAUUUAUCUAACGAUGUUGAGCAUCGCGUGAGAGAAGCAACACAAUUAGUACAAAGUAGUAUUAGUCAAAAAGCUGGAAAAUUUAUUGCACCUUAUAUUAAACAAUUAGCGCCAGUUUGGAUAACAAGCCAAUUUGAUAGUUAUGGCCCUGCUAGUAGUGCAGCUAUAUCGUCAUUUAAAACAUCAUUUCCUCCACAUAAAGUUCAAGAAGUUUUAUUAUAUUGCCAAAAUGAGAUAAUGGACUAUUUAACAAAAAAUAUAAGUUUUCAUACAGCAUCAACGUUAUCAAAUAUGAAAAGUGUUACACCCCAAGAAGCUGAAAGCAAAUAUCAACGAGUGAUUAUUAGUAGUAUGAAAACGUUUUCCUUUUUUAUAGAGAAAACCUCAUCAAAAUCCAAUUUGGAUGUUGACGAGAAAUGUAAAACAUUAUUACAACAUCAAAAGUUUUGGUCUUUCUCCAAAAACAAAAUUUCUAAAAUUAGGUCAGCCUUCUUUGAACUGCUCUCUGCUGUAUUACAAUAUGCGCCACGUUUAAUAGAAGCUAAUAAAAGUCAAAUAAUACAAGUAUGUUUUCAAAAUUUAGAUGACCUAGAUCCCCUUACUUCUCCGCACGUUUGGGAAUGCGUGUUGUUAAUUCAAAGCUUAUUUAUUGAUUGGCAUGAACAAAUUACAUUUAAAAAAGUUAUACAGCCAAAAUUUGCAACUAUAUUUAAAGCAAUUUCAAAUGGUGGUGCAUCAUGUAUUGCUCGAAAUUUCCUUCCAUUUUUGUGUAAGCUUUCUGAAAAUAGUGUUAAAGAUCUGCGCCUUUAUGAAUUUUAUAUAGAAUUUUUUGAUAAUGUGAAAUCUACAAUCCAAUUGAGCUCAAAUUUAACUAAUGUUAAUAUUAGCAAAGCAGACGUAAUUUCUUUAGUCAUCGCUUAUUUUGAAUGUUUACGUUUCGUAUUUAAAAAAAUUAGCAAUGAUGUUAAAGAAAAUAUUGCUCUAAAUCAAGUUUAUCAAGAAUAUUUACAAAAAUAUGUUAUAGAUUUUUUAAAAUGGAAUUUGGAAAUUGAAAACCAAAUGAACAAACAUAUUUAUAAGCAUUGUUCGGCAUUGAUUGCAUAUUGGUCAAGUAACAGUCAAACUCAAUGCUAUUCAGAAUUGCUAUCUUUGUUUUGGUCAAGUUUAUUAAGUGUUAUUACAAACAGUAUUUCUGUGAAUAAUUUAUCAGAAAUAUCUGUAAAAAAUAUUGUUGAAUUAAUUAAGAAUCUAUAUUCUGCCUCACCAGCUCUUCAUGAUAGUAAAGUUAAGUUUGGAGAUAACUCAAAAGAAAAUGUUACUAAAAAAGACAGUGACACUAAAAUUAAGUGCUCAAAAUAUGUUUCAAAGGAUCUAAAAGAAAUCGUCAUUAAAAUUGUUAAAAUAUAUUUGGAAAACACUACUAAAAAUGAGACCUGCAAAUACGCUUGUCAAUUGAAAACUCUCUGUCAGAUGUUUGGGGACAUUGACUUUUACAAAAGAUUAUCUUCUGAUGCAAAUUUAUUGACAACAAUUACAAGAAUCAUCAACAUUAUAAGUGAUUCUGAAAUUAUUUCCGACGAUUUGUUGGAUGUACUCUUUGGAAUUUUACAUCUGCUUAAUGAAAGCGAAAAAACGGAACAGUUAAAAAUUUUAGUAAAAAUUCGGAAUCCAAAACUGCAGUUGUUAAUUUUGCAAAGGAUUUUGUCAUAUCCUUUGUGUGUUGAGCCAGCAAUAAGAGAUAUUUUAACGGAGAAGGAUGUAGUAAAUAUUAUUAUACAAACAUCAAAAGAAGCAGUCAACGAAGAUUCAUCAGAAAAAUUUAAUAUUUUAAAAAAGUGCUUUUUCCAACCAGAUUGUGAUAAAAUCUUAAUUAAUAAUAAUGUAAUGGAGAAUAUUGUAAACACUGUUAUUGAACCAUUAAAUACACCUGGGAAAGAAAAAAUUAUAGAUACGUGCGCCAGUUUUGUUGCUCAAAUAAUGCCUAUAAUAUGUAUGGAUGAGAAUUCUACAAACGAAUUCAGAAAUAAAGUUUUUUUGGAAUUAUUUAAAUUUAGUAUUAAUUCGAGUGUUAACGAGAAUUUAUCUGAAGAUUCCUUAUGGGAAGUAACAACUUGUUGGCAAGAUUCAUUAUCUUGUAAAGAUAUAUCAUUGGAUGAAUCACUCUUGUUCGAUUGCAAAAAUAUUUUAGAGAACAGAAUAACAAGUAGUAAUGAAUUGUCAAUAGAAAACAUGAAUAAUAUAUCAAAUAUGGUUGCAAAAUUAAUUUUAUGUUUAAAAGAUUUGAACGAAAAAAAUCAAAACAAUAAAGAAAACGUUGAAUUUAUAGAUAUCUUAUUAAAAUUUUCGGAUUUGCAUACAAAAGUUUUAACUGAUCUUAAUAACAUUUGUAAGUUUCAUGAAGCUCUAGAAAAAGUUAUAACCGUCGAUAAUUUAACAAAUGAUUAUAGUCGAAGUAUUUCUAUUGAUACGAUCCGAAAUUUUUAUAGGAGAGUAUAUUACUCAUAUUCUGUUAUAUUUAAAUUAUUUUGCGAAGUUACUUUGGAUAAAAAGAAAAAUAGUGAAGCAGAAAGCGAUGAUGAAACUUCUUUAAACGAAGAAGAACUUGAAAACCCCGAAAAACGAAAAAAUGAAGAUGGUGAACUAUCAGAGAAUUGGUCCUCAGAAACAUGUGAAUUUAUUGCUGUUUGUACUAAUAUGAGCGCUCUUGGUGAAUCGUUACUCAAAAAUUCUACAUUGCUGAAUGAGGAAGUUGAAACAAUUAUUCUAAAUUUAUCUGAAAAAAUAACUAUUUUAUUGCAAAAUUCUUCAGAAGAUAAUGUAAAUAUAUUAAAAGAAAAAAUCAUCCAAAAAGCCUUAAAUGGUGAUUUACUGUGGAUGAGGUCAUUACCAUACUUAUUACAUACAAAAUAUUAUCAACAGUAUAACGAAAGUGGUCCUAUAGUUUUAAUGGAGGAAGUAGCAGAUUUAUUGUUGAGAAACGGAAAAUUUGAAAUUUACAAUAAUUUAGCGGAAAUCUUUUUACCUCACUUAACACCAUGUUCUUUAAUUUUCAAUGAAGAUAUUUUGUCCAAUGUCAAUAAUAUAAAAUUUCUUUCGUCUUUGUUAAGAAACUUAUUAGAAAAUCACAUGUCAAAUCGAACUUAUAAUAAUUUAGAGGACAAAAAUUUAGUAAAAAGUUGUAUUAAAUUUGUUAGCCAGAUAGGAGAACAACAAGCAGUUAAUAAAGAAAAAUUUUUGUAUAAUGUUGAUAUUGGAAUCCAACCAUUCAAUAGUUUUAUUGAAGUAAAUGAAUUUAUCAAAUUGCUAACAGAAACAUUGAAUCGUUUUCCAAGUGAACUUAAUAUUAAAAAUUGGGAUAGCAUAAGGAUUGGUUUAUGCUCUUGGGUUUUGACUAUUUCAAAAAGUAUUGGGAAAAUUUAUGAUCCUAAGGUUUCAUUAUUUACGGUAUCAGUUUAUGAGCUUUUUGAAUCAUUAUCAAAAUUUAUCAAAGCUGAAAAAUCUAAAAGUUCAACACAAUUUCUUUUGAAUAUUAUAGAUGAAUGGGAAAAUGUUUUUUCUAAAGAGGUUAAUUUAGUAUUAUUUAAAAACUUUCAUUUCUUGGUAAAUAUGAAAGAAGGAAAAGAUAAUGUGAGCUUUGCCUUAAUAUUAGAGAAGAUUGCUUCAUGUGUUAUUCACUUGGACUACAAUAUUAUUUACAAUGCAUGUCAACAUGGUUUCAAAAUGAAUGUAAAUGAUCUUAUAGAAUUCUCGCUAGAAAAUCUAUCUUAUUUGAAAAAUGUACGAAAGUCUUGUGCAAACAUCCUGAAAGGUAUUUCAGUCUAUGUAAUGAAAGAUGAUUUAAAAGAAUUAGAAAGGAAUAACGAAAGUUUCAAUGCUGUUAAGAAAUCAAAUGAGGAUUAUCAUUUUCUAAAAAGAUUUGAACCUUUUGUUGAAAAGUAUGGACAACGUGUAGAAAAAUAUAUAAACGAGUUUAGUUUUAAAUUGACUGAACUUCAGGACUUAAAACCAAUCGAAAAAGAUUCCGCGUUGACAUAUUUUUACCUCUGGGAUUGUAUAAUUUAUAUAUUUUCAAAAGCACCUGUUGAAUUGAAAUCUUUAUAUGCUACAUGGAUCACAAAUAAUAAAUAUGAGGAACUUUUGCUGAACUUUAUAUUUAGAGCUAUGCCAAUAGAAAUAUUAAAAAAUCAUGAUCAAAAAACUGUGAAUAAUGAAAUUUUUAAAAUAAACAUUUGGCAAUCACAAUUUGAAGAUGGAACUUUGUCAGUUGAAAAAUGUGCUUGCUAUAUGUAUACACAAAUGCUACGAAAUUUACCAGUUCUUGUAAGAAAAUGGUGGAAUAGUGCACAUUCACGACAAAAGAAUUUUGUUGAUAAGCUUACAACAAACUAUGUAUCAAAUUUAAUAUGGCAAGAGGAUUUACAAGCAAUAAAUAAAACCGAAAAACAAGAAAAUAUGCAGAUCACAGUACAUCAGUCAACUCGUGAGGUAAUAGCUUUUUAUGCAAUAGAUGAAGCUAGAAUGGAGUUAGUUAUAACGUUACCACAAAAUCAUCCCUUAGGUGUUAUAAAAGUUGAAAUGGGUAAACAAAUUGGUGGUAAAGCAUCAUCACGUAAUAUAGGAAUGCAAUUAACUAUUUUUCUUACUCAUCAGAAUGGAUGUAUAUUUGAUGGACUGUCACUAUGGAAAAAGAAUUUGGAUAAAAAAUUUUCUGGAGUGGAAGAAUGUUAUGUUUGUUAUACAGUUAUACAUCAAGAUACAUGUCAAUUACCUAAAUUAACAUGUAAAACCUGUAAGAAAAAAUUCCAUGGACCAUGCCUUUAUAAAUGGUUUACGACAAGCAGCAAAUCAACAUGUCCAUUAUGUAGAAAUGUUUUUUAAAUUAUAUGAGAAGAGAAAAUCAAAGCAAAAAAUAAAUUUGUUUAAAUACUAAAAAAAAAAACAAUUUAAAUGUAAAUUAAUAUAAAAUUUUUAAUGGCAAGAAUAAAAAUAUUUUCUGUUCUAGAA